AUGCCAGCUUGCCUGGCAGGCCAGCAAGAUACACAGCCUGCAUUUUGCGUUCUCCCUUGGCAUUUUGACAUGGAGAAUGAAGCCAGCCUCCGUGAACCUCCAACAUUGGAUGUCGCAGUCAAGCUCAUUGAGAACUUCAAAGUUGAUGGGUUUGUCUCAGUGGGAGAGCCAGUGCUUAUUCGGUUGCCGGCAAACCAGCUGCAGAUGAGUGGCAACAUCAAGGAUGGCUCGGUCUGGUUCCUGAAGGGUGCAGCCAGGGUGACUACAGCAAUAGCUGCAGUUGUGGCACUGGACAAGCUGAACUUGGAGGUGCCAGAAUCUUUGCUUCGGGGGCUUCAGGCCAUCAAGUGCAAACAUGUUCGUCUUCAGGAUCGGCAAUCGGAAUUGUUCUUCAACAUGAAGCUGUCUUCAAGGGGCAGCAUCCGCAAAGCGCCAAGUGCGAUCUCAUGGGUGUUUAGCCUGAUGAACAUGGCUGCUUGGGGUCACAGUGAUCCUCAAUCAUUGAUUCGGGCCUGGAAGCUUGCCUCACAAUUUCAGCCUGAAGUUAUGAGUGUGGACCCAACCUGGUGUCUGCAAAGUAUGUUUCUGAACAGGAAUGAGGAUGUGGCCAAGCAGGACAAGAUAGUUGGCCACAAACAGCAAGCUGUCAAGAACAUCCUGGAACUCCCGGAGCCCUGCCGUGUGCUGAUCCUGGAUGCGGUGAGUGUGCAUGGCUGGGAGAGUUGCUUGGCCAAUGUCAAUAUGCUUUGA